AUGGCACCAAAUUCGAAGGCUGCAAAGGCAUGCAAGACAAUGGGCGGCAUGGGUUAUUCUGGGAAAGUUGUAAAACCAGUACUAAAAAAUCUUCUAAAGUUGUAUGACAAUAACUGGAAGUUUAUUGAAGAAGAAAACUACAGAGUUCUUAUUGACGCAAUAAUUGAAAGCGAGGACAACAAGGUGGCGAGAGUUACAGUGGAGAAAAAGAAUGCAUUGUCAGAGGGUGAACCUGAUGAAAGUGAACCACCUUUGAAGAGAUCAAAAUCAAACAACCAAACUGAUCAAAGUGCACCCUCUUGUCAUAACUCACCUCAAAAUGAUAUUAUAACUAUUGGGAAUAUGAAGAAUAAGGUGGAAAACCAAGCUCGUGGCAAGAAAAAUAUGGCUGAAUCCUCUUAUAAACUUCGUCAAGAUGAGGAUAUGAAACCCACGGUCAUAUGUCAAAAGUAUCAUCAGGAUAAAGGAAAGAACCACAGUUCUCCAAUAUCUCAUACGGGGCUAGAGCAAACAAAGGAAACUCACUUGCUUUCUAAUGAUGAAUAUGUCUCAUCUCUGAUUUCCUCAGAGAAAAGAAUAAUAACAUAUGAAACAGGCGACCAUUCAAAAUCCUAUCAAGAUCUAUGCAAUGCUGUAAUUGAGAGUGUGCCAUUCCCUGACAGCCUGCCAAACUAUAAGGUUCCUUUCGUUGUAGUUCCUCCAGAUCCCCCUAGACUCCUACUGGAAGGUGGUUCAUGUGGAACUUGUUCUGAUGCCAAUGCAAAUUGCUCAACUUUUCCUGAAUUAAUAGACCUGGACGCAGAGGAAAUAUCUGAUUCCAUGGGAAAGAGUUCUGACUUGGAAGGACAUCAUUUUGAGUGUAUGGACUCUGAACAAUUUAAAGCAGAAGAAGAGGAAAAUAGUGUGCUAAAUGCAUCAAAAAUAGAUAUUGCUUCUUCAUCUAGGAGGGAGGUGAAAAUUUCUUUGACAUAUAAAUCUUCCCUCCAAUCACAUUUUCAAGCUCCAAGUUUAGAAUCAGUGUUGAAGCAAGUCGAGGAAAAGUGUUUAAAGUCAUACAAAAUUACUCUACCCGGUUUCUCUAUGCUGAAACUGAUGAAAGAUAUGUGUGAAUGCUUUUUGGCUGCAUGUACUGCCUCUAAUGGUAUUGAGCAGGGAGUACCCAGAACUGUAUCUAAGGAGUGCAAUCCACAAGCUAUUUCUGUGGAGGGAGUUGAUCAUCAACUCACUUUCUGCAUUAAUUCAGAUAUUUUAAAUGGACUUGUCAAUUAUCGGAAUCGGACUCUUAUUGAAGUCGCAUCCCAAACUCCACACGGCCUUGGUCCCAUUCAUAUGGACUUAAUACGCCGCCACAUGAGAAAUUAUAACAUUGAUGGGUAUGGUUGCUCUGAUAAGGAUAAAAAGAUUAGCAGAAAGAUUAUAGAACUUGAUAGUUUAGCGUCUUCUUCAGCUGGCGUGAUUAUUGUUCAAAAACAACACUCUUCUAAUUAUGUUCAAGACAUUACUAAAGGUCAAGAAGCUUACAGGAUUCCUUUGAUAAACGAAAUCAAUGAAGAGCCACUACCUACUUUCUACUAUAUUCAGCAUAAUGUCGUAUAUCAAAAUGCAUAUGUGAAGUUUCUUCUUGCUCGAAUGUCAGAUGACAAUUGCUGUUCAAAUUGUUUUGGUGACUGUUUAUCUUCGGAAAUACCUUGUGCUUGUGCUGGUGAAACCGGUGGCGAGUUUGCUUACAUGCCAGGUGGUCUAGUUAAGGAAAAAUAUCUUGAAAGUUGCAUUUCAAUGAAUCAUGAUCCGCAACAGCACAAUCUUUUUUAUUGCAAGGACUGUCCACUCGAAAGGACCAAGGAUAAAAGAUUGUCAGGCAAAUGUAAGGGUCAUUUAGUAAGGAAAUUCAUAAAAGAGUGCUGGUAUAAAUGUGGUUGCAGCAUGUUAUGUGGAAAUCGAGUUGUUCAACGAGGCAUAACAGCAAGAUUGCAGGUGUUUAUGACACCGGGAGGAAAAGGUUGGGGUCUUCGAACCCUUGAAGACAUGCCUAAAGGUGCGUUUAUAUGUGAAUACGUUGGAGAAGUGGUGACCAACACAGAGUUAUUUGAAAGAAACGUGCGAAACACUGGUGAAAAGCACACGUACCCAGUGCUUCUUGAUGCGGACUGGAGUUCUGAAGGAGUCCUGAAGGAUGAAGAGGCACUUUGUCUGGACGCAACUUCUUAUGGAAAUGUUGCAAGGUUUAUCAACCACAGGUGUUCUGAUGCUAACUUGGUUGAGAUCCCAGUGGAAGUGGAGACUCCGGAUCACCACUAUUACCACGUUGCCUUUUUCACUACAAGGAAGGUUGAUGCUUUGGAAGAGUUAACUUGGGACUAUGGAAUUGACUUUGAUGACCAUAGCCAUCCUGUGAAAGCUUUUAAGUGUCAAUGUGGAAGCGAAUUCUGUCGAGACCGGAAAUCCAAGAAGAGAAGAAAACUUCGUUUGUGA